GCCCUUCAGCAUCAUCAUGCUGUUCACGAAAUUUCCUACAUUGCAAAGGACAUCACAGAUCACCGGGCCUUUGGAUACGUUUGUGGGAAGGAAGGGAAUCACAGAUUUGUUGCCAUAAAAACAGCCCAGGCGGCUGAACCUGUUAUUCUGGACUUGAGAGAUCUCUUUCAGCUUAUUUAUGAAUUGAAGCAAAGAGAAGAGUUGGAAAAAAAGGCCCAAAAAGAUAAGCAGUGCGAACAAGCUGUGUACCAGGUUCCCACCAGCCAAAAGAAGGAAGGUGUUUAUGAUGUGCCAAAAAGUCAACCUGUAAGUAACGGUCACCUGUUUGAGGAUUUUGAAGAACGGUUUGCUGCAGCCACUCCGAACAGAAACCUGCCUGUGGACUUUGAUGAGAUUUUGGAGGCAACAAAGGCUGUGACCCAAUUAGAACUUUUUGGGGACAUGUCCACCCCUCCUGAUAUAACCUCUCCCCCCACUCCUGCAACUCCAGGUGAUGCCUUUAUCCCGUCUUCAUCUCAGACACUUCCGGCGAGUGCAGACAUGUUUAGUUCUGUACCUUUCGGCACUGCUGCUGUACCCUCAGGUUAUGUUGCAAUGGGCGCCGUCCUCCCAUCCUUCUGGGGCCAGCAGCCCCUCGUCCAACAGCAGAUCGCCAUGGGUGCUCAGCCACCAGUCGCUCAGGUGAUGCCGGGGACUCAGCCCAUCGCCUGGGGCCAGCCGGGUCUCUUCCCUGCCACUCAGCAGCCCUGGCCAGCUGUGGCCGGGCAGUUCCCGCCAGCCGCCUUCAUGCCCACACAAACUGUUAUGCCUUUGCCAGCCGCCAUGUUCCAAGGUCCCCUCACCCCCCUUGCAACCAUCCCAACCACGGGUGACUCCACCAGGGCAAGUCCACAGACCGAGACGCCCAGACAGAAAAUGGGGAAAGAAAUGUUUAAGGAUUUCCAGAUGGCCCAGCCUCCGCCCGUGCCCUCCCGCAAACCCGACCAACCCUCCCUCACCUGUACCUCAGAGGCCUUCUCCAGUUACUUCAACAAAGUCGGGGUGGCACAAGACACAGACGACUGUGAUGACUUUGACAUCUCGCAGUUGAAUUUGACCCCUGUGACUUCUACCACGCCGUCAACCAACUCACCUCCAACCCCAGCCCCUCGACAGAGCUCUCCAUCCAAAUCAUCUGCGUCCCACGCCAGCGAUCCCGCCACAGAUGACAUCUUCGAAGAGGGCUUUGAAAGUCCCAGCAAAAGUGAAGAGCAAGAAGCUCCUGAUGGAUCACAGGCCUCAUCCAGCAGUGAUCCAUUUGGGGAGCCCAGUGGGGAGCCCAGUGGUGAUAACAUAAGUCCGCAGGCUGGUAGCUAG